UCUCCGAGAAUCUCAUGCUGGACUGUCAUAGCAAGUAGUAACGCCAAUGUAGUUGUCUCCAUUUUCGCCCCUUCCUCGCGUAAUUUCCUCAGUUUUCUGUUCAUAUUCUGGCGUCGCGAACGAUAGGACGGUUUUUCAUACCGCGUUCUUCCAAAAAAAAGGUCGAACAUUUGUAAAUGAAAAACUAGAGGAAGAAGCAUCGCUUGUCUACCCAGUCUAAAUAGUGGCGUUGAUGCGGUAUGAAACAGCGUGAGCGUGGAUUUUCAUCGGUUCCCACCUUGCAGUAGUCAAACGUAUAUGUAAGCGAGCACUUACUGACGAGUAAACAAAAAUGGAUGUGGAAGAGGGGGAGGCGAAAAUGUGCAGGCUCUGCGGCCAGUACGAGAGAAUUUGCAUCGAUGUGUUUGGUGAGGAAGGUAUCAAACGCUUCCUUGGUCUCAAGAUUUACAAGAAAAUUAACAUCCUGAUAGAUGAGAAGGAUCCUCUGCCUAAAGCAAUCUGUGUUCAAUGUCUGGGCAAGCUCGAAUUUGUUUGCGACUUUCAAGAGGAGUGUCUGCGCACCCAACAGGUGUUACGUGAUCAGUAUAAUCUACCACCAUUAACAGAGUCCACAGAGGUAAAAAAUGAAGAAUCGGCAUUGAUAGUGGGCACAUCAUCAUCGAAUAAUAACAACAAUAUUGAAAAAGAUCUUAAUUCUACUAGAAGCAAUCAAGCUGAGGACAUAGUCAAGGAUUCAGUGGAACAGCAGAAGAAGAAAAAUACCUCUUCAAAAAUUUCAAGAAGCCUUCGCAGUCAGCAACAGCAGCAACAAGUUUCCAAGUGUAAUGAUGAAAUUACAGAAAAAAAUAUACAGGUUCAAGGUACAGAAUCAUCGCCGACUCGUUGGCUUAGAAGCAGACAAAGCGCAGAUUCGUCUGCCGUGGACAACGAAGAAAUUCCGAUUGCAAAUAGAUUAAGAAGUCACAAUAUAGAAACUAAUAUCAGCAACAUUCGUUCUGUGAAUAAUAACAAUAAUAGUAACAACGAAAGUACAGAUAAACAAAGUCCGAAGCAGCAACAGCAACAGGACUCAUCGGUGACGAUUCAGUUACCGACUUCAGCUUUAAAUAAAUUAUUGACGAUUGUUUCUAGCUCUCCCGAUAUCGAGGUCUCUGUAAAGGAGACAAGAAAUCGGAAUAGUGAUGCCGAAGAUAUUAGCUUUACUGUGGAAUUGUGUAAGAAACAAAAGGAUGAGGUAUCGACGGUGCGAGCACGGGUCUUUCCCGAUCAGGGCUAUUGUUUAGUCGAUACAGCGAUCGUGGCUCUGCUGCAGAGCGAAAACAGCACAGAAGUGAACGGCAUUGUGAAUAGCAUCCUUAGCAAUACGUCGGCGAAGAACAGUAGUGCUGUGGCAAAGUUGAAAGAUUUAGCGGAGUUGGAGCAGCGGUUAGAAGCCACACAGAAUCCAGAGGAGCUCUUUAAAAUUGAUGGCGAGGAGAUUAAGGUGGACGAUAACGUGGAGCACGUGGUAAAUGGAACGCAGAAUGGCUAUGCAUGUAAGCUCUGCCGAAAAUUCUACGAGCGUCGAGAUAAGUGUACAGUUCACGUGAAGACGCACCUUGGUAUCAAGCAGUAUACGUGCGUUGUCUGCAAUGCCAAGUUUGUUUGCAAAUCUGAUGUGAUGAAGCACAUUCGAUGUUCUCAUACUAAUCCCAGGCCUAUACAAUGUCCCAAAUGUCCUAAACGAUUCAAAUCCAAAUUUUAUCUAGCUGAACAUGACAAUGUUCACAAAGGUGUACGUCCGUACAGUUGUACAGAUUGUGGACAGAGUUAUCAUCACAAGGUUUCGUUACAAAUUCAUAUGAAGUCGCAUCUGCCACCGCAAAAUCUGGCCUGUGAAUAUUGCGGUAAAAUCUUCCCGUUUCGCACGCGAUUACUCGGCCAUAUCGCAAGUGUCCAUAUGAAAAAACGACGCAAUUUUCGCUGCCGCUUCUGUUAUAAUCUUUAUUCAAGUCUAUCGGUGCUAAACGAGCAUAUCAAAACCCGCCAUGCGACCACAUAUAUGUGCGAUACAUGUGGCAAGACCUUCAAAGUCGCUUCCAAAUACAAAGCGCACGUGUUGCAGCACUCCAAUCCUAAGCCAUUUGUCUGUAAUGUUUGCAACAAUCGUUAUGCAUCUAAAGCGUUUCUCAAUGAGCACGUGUUAAAGCACGAGGGUUUACGUAAACAUGUAUGCCAAGAAUGCGGCGCGAAAUUCGCACAAGCGAGUCAUUUGGCUGCUCAUCGUCAUGUACAUGGAGAAAAGACGCACGCGUGCCCGGAAUGCGGUAAAAAAUUCAAUCGUCGCGACAACAUGAAAGUGCAUCGAAAACGGCAUUUUGAUGAAAAAAAGACUGGCACGGCUAACAAACAGAAGGUUACAUCCAACAAUAACAAUGUAACCGCUUUCACCACGUCCAUUAACGAGAAAUAACUCGCAAUGACAAUAGAUAAUCUGGAGAGAAGAAAAGACUAUAGAGAUCGUACAAAUCUCUUAACAGACUGGACCAGAAUUUUGCGAAAAAUUGAAAAUUCCGAAAUUGAAUACUUAACAAAAGUAUUUUGAAGAUUGCUCAAAGAUAACAGCCUUUUGCGUAUAUACAAUUAGUGCUUCGAUGAAUUCCCAACGUCAUUCCCAAUGAUUUUAUCUUUAACAGUACAGCCGAAUUCUCUCCUUCAUCUAUUCUUAUAACUUGUCGGGACCAAUCUCUUUAUUCUUAAACUUUUUUUUCAACCUCAUUCUUAUUUUAAUAGUACAUAGAAUAAUAAUGUUGAUCCAACUUCAAUCUCCUUAUUCUUAAACUUUUCCCUCAGUCUAAUUCUUAUUUUAAUAGUACAUACAUACAAUAAUGUUGAUCGCGUUAUUGACAAGUAAUGAUAUAUGUGCAUGGUAUUUUUUAUCUAUCAUUUUUAUAAUUAUAUACAUGAUAUACAUAUAUAUAAGUAGUAAAAGAGCGUAGGAAAACAUUAAAAAUACAAAAAUUCAAACCUCUUUAAGGACGAAGUUUUCAAGUUAAAAAGUAAAAAGUAUUUUAUUAUGCAAUUCGAAGACGAAUAUAACAUCUGCCAUCAUACGCGACGGAAUUUUUCUUAUUUGGAAGGAUUCUGUUUGUGGAUACUUAUUUGCCACAUUGAACUAAAAUUGUAAAAUUACACACGUAUUAAUUACACUAGUUAAAAACUACACACGUAUGUAUCAAUGUUCCUUAAGAAGAUGGAGAUGUUAAGAGAAUAGAGUGGUUAUUACAACAGUAACAUUUUUUUUCUAUAAAGCAUUUAGUAUUAUUUUUUAAAUGAAUUUCUGUUCAUGAAUGAUCUUUGUAAUUUUGCAUAUUUUGUCUUUUUUAUGUUUGAAUAAUUAAGAUUUUGAAUCGAGUUAAGAAAUAAUUAAAAUAUCCUUAUCGUUUCGUUCAAACAUUUAGUAAAUAGUAAUCUACUGUGUACCAAAACGUGAUUUAGCUUAGUCUGUAACUAUGCACGCCUUUUUUUUUAAAUAUAUUCUUUUCUGAUAAUAGUAAGUCUUCGGGAAAUGUUAUCACAUACUGUAAUAUAGACAAUACGUUUAUCGAAUCACGGCCAAAAGUAUAUGAUUAAUGAUCGAAUAAUUGCAUAGUUUUAUUAUAAAUUUUAUGAUUCAAUGUGCGUAUGUGUGUGUGCGUGCUGGUAUGCAUGUAUGCUUGACACCAGAAAUAGGGCUUCCAAAAUCAAUAAUUCUAUAAUAAAGAUGAAAUGAUAUUUUCUAUACCUCUUUACAUGUAUCUUGUUCAUGAAAAAUUGCAACAAUUGCAACAACUUUCAAUAUCUCUUUUGGAGUAUGUUUUACAAUUGU